UUUAAUUGAUAAACUAUUAAUUAUAAAUGAAGCCAAAUACCUCUACUCUGCAAACAAAGUGUGCAUCUCCCUGCACCAGCACUCCACUCUUCAGGUCCCCACCACCAGAACAAGUAUCUCAGACCCACGACCAAAGCCAAGCCAUGUUUCUUCCCAAAAGCCUUACUGCUCCCUCACCAAAUCAGCCAACUGAAAACACCAGAAUUACCUUGUCUGUUCCUCAGACUUCACUCACUGAGACGACUUCUAAACCUGAUUUUCAAGAUCUGCAAAAGCCACUAAACCCCAAUUCUCCAUCUAAACCAGCCUCUGCUAGUAUCAAAGAGCCCGUACAGCCCCUAUCCAUCCCUGUCUGCACUUCUGAAGUUCUGGGGAAAGCAGUAGAUGUUUCCGGUGAAGAACCGAAUUUGGAUUCUAAGCCAAAGAUAUUACUUUUAUCUGCACCUACGACUUCUAAUCCUUCAUGAACACUCCAAAGAUCUUUGGAUAGCCCACUUAAGCUAUAUUCACCGAGAAAAAGGAAGGCAAGUGUGGAUUCUGUUGAUGAUGAAACACAGAGCAUGAUGUCCACGACAAUCAAUCAUACAGAGCCUACCUUAGGAAAGCGAACCCCACUUUCCCUUGAUACUGACCACAGGCGAUACUUGACUCGGUUCAGCAUUCGGGAAGAUAAGAGGCUUUUCGGAGCAAGAAUAAAAAUAUGUGAAGAAAAUAACACUAUCAAAAAUUUCUAUAAAAGAAGAAAUAUUACAACUGAUUUUGAAUUUAAUCCAAGGUUUGAUAAACCAAGAAAGAGAAUGAAGGUAACUGUAAAACUUCCUUCCGUCAAGAAGGAUCCUUCCUUCCACAUGAGAUUGAGGAAAAGACAAUCCAAAGCGAUCGCUGUGAAAGUUAGGGAAAUCCGGAAACAAACUCCCAGCAUCCUCAAACCGGAUCCUCUCAGGAAUAGAUUCUGGUAAUUAUAACCUAUUCGGUAAAAUUCAUAUUUAAAGUUCAAGAUCAAAUAAAAUUAACUU